CAGAGUAGAAGAAGACGAAGAAGAAGAUGGAGGACCGGGUUCAGCGUCUCUUGUGAGCUCUGUCUGCUUGUCCCACUUUUACAAAUACUUUACCAUCCAACUCAAUUCUAUCUGAUCGUAUGAAUCUCUAAUACACCACACCGACGCUUUAACCAUAAAGUGCUCCGGAAACUGCAGCAUGACGACGGAAAAGAACCUCUCUUCAGCCUGCAGUAGCUCGGAGAUUGACGACCACGAUGAUGUUAAGAUGGAGGUCUGUACCGAGAGCUACAGAAGAAAAGACCCUUUCUCACCAGCGAAGAACCCACCAGCAACUAAAAAGAAGGACACUGGCUCAGAGGAAGAUGUCCAGCAGCUGUUGGUGAGUAAAGAAGAGCUUCCACCUGAGCAGCAGGAGUGGAGCCACAUUCUGGACCAGGAGGACACUAAGCCCCAACACAUUAAAGAAGAACAUGAGGAACUGUGGAGCAGUCAGGAGGAAGAACAGCUUGGAGGACUGGAGGAGGCUGAUACCACCAAGUUCCCCUUCACUCCUGUCUGUGUGAAGAGUGAAGAUGAUGAAGAGAAACCUCAGUCCUCACAGCUUCAUCAGAGACAAACUGAACAGAUGGAAACAGGAGUUGAUGGAGAGGACUGUGGAGGAGCAGAACCAGAGUGGGACUCAGAUCCAGAGAGAUGUUUACAACCAGAGAUUGAGGUCAAGAUUGAAGACUCUGAUGAACCUGAGAAUGACAGUGAUGAUUGGCAAGAGACAAGAGAAGAUCUGUCAGAAUUAAACUUGGAAAAUAAGAAACUGACUGGUAAGAGACCACAUAGGUGCUCGGCGUGUGGUAAAAGAUUUAACCGAAAAGAGCAUCUGACCAGACACAUGUUAGUUCAUUCAGGAGAGAAACCCUUCAGCUGCCUUGAGUGCAGAAAAAGAUUUAACCGAAAACAGCAUCUAACCAGACACAUAUUAGUUCAUACAGGAGAAAAACCCUUCAGCUGCUCUCAGUGUCAGACAAGAUUUACCGAUAAGUCUACUUUGAGAUAUCACAUGGAAAAUCACAGAGGGGAGAAACCUGUCAGUUGCUCUAUUUGCAGUGAAGUAUUCCAACAAAAAGGAGCCCUUACCCAACACAUGUUAGUUCAUAAAGGAGAGAAAGUCUUCCGCUGCCUUGAGUGCGGAAAGAGAUUUAAACAAAAAGGGUCUCUGACCAGACACAUGUUAGUUCACACUGGAGAAAAACCUUUCAGCUGCUCUCAAUGUGAGAAAAGAUUCACUGAUAGGUCUAGUUUGAAGUAUCACAUGGCAACUCACAGAGGGGAGAAACCAUUCAGCUGUCUUGAGUGUGGUAAAAGAUUUUACCUGCAAGUAAAUAUGACUACACACAUGAUUACUCAUACAGGAGAAAAACCCUUCAGUUGCUCUGAGUGUGGUAAAAGUUUUAACCAAAAAGGCCAUCUGACCACACACAUGUUAGUUCAUACAGGAGAGAGACCCUUCAGUUGUCCUGAGUGUGGUAAAAGAUUUAACCGAAAAGAGCAUCUGACCACACACAUGAUGAUUCACACAGGAGAGAAACCCUUCAGCUGCUCUAUUUGCACUAAAGCAUUUCAACAAAAACGAGCCCUAACCCAACACAUGUUGGUUCACACUGGAGAAAAACGCUACAGCUGCUCUCAGUGUGAGAAAACAUUUACCCAUAAGGCCAGUCUGACAUAUCACAUGAAAUAUCACAGAGGGGAAAAACCCUUCAGUUGCCUUGAGUGUGGUAAAAGAUUUUACCUGCAAGGAAAUCUGACUAUACACAUGAUUACUCAUACGGGAGAAAAACCCUUCAGUUGCUCUGAGUGUGGUAAAAGAUUUAACAGAAAAGAGCAUCUGACCACACACAUGAUGAUUCACACAGGAGAGAAACCCUUCAGCUGCUCUAUUUGCAGUAAAGCAUUUCAACAAAAACGAGCCCUAACCCAACACAUGUUAGUUCACACUGGAGAAAAAGCCUUCAGCUGCUCUGAGUGUGAGAAAAAAUUUACCCAUAAGGCCAGUCUGACAAAUCACAUGGCCAAUCACAGUGGGGAGAAUCUCUUCAGCUGCCUUGAGUGUGGUAAAACAUUUGACCUGCAAGGAAAUCUGACUCGACACAUGAUUACUCAUACUGGAGAAAAACCCUUCAGCUGCUCUGAAUGUGGAAUACGAUUUGGAAGAAAGGGGAAUCUGAAGAGACACAAUAAAGUUCACACAAGGGAGAAAACAAAAAAAGUCUAAUCUGACACCUUACAUGCACCCCACUUUGGUAGGCUGCCCAGGUAUCUUUUCUGCCUUUACCUUCAGCAUUGAAAACAAACUAGUAGAUAAUUGAUCGCCGUCGCUUUGUACCCCUUGCAUUAGGGAUGUAAAAAAUUAAUCGUGAAAUCUUGAAAAAGUGAUUCAAAUGUGUCAAGAUUCACAUCGCUACUUUGAAAACUGAACCACAAUAAUACGGUGAGCGUCAGCAGCUGCAGAGCAGAGGCGGUUGGCAGCUAGAGAGGAAGAAUAUGACUUUGAGGAUGCACCACCGUCUUUUAAAUCGGAGGUGUGGAAACGUUUUGGAUUCCCCAAGACAGAAAAUGAAAGAGGUGAGAAGAUAACAGACGAGACAAAAACUAUGUGCAAAUAUUGCAAGAAGACAGGGAACUGCACAAAUAGCAUAACCAGAUGAUGAUGAUGCAGCAUUUAAUCGACACCACAAUAAGAAGCUGCCAUCACCUCCCCUUGUUGAGAGAAAACAAACAUUAACAGGCCAUACCACACUGAAAAGCGGGUUAGCGGCCCAUAAAGGAAUCUUUUUCAGUCAUCAUUUUUCUACAGUCUCAUUUUGUACAAUAAAUCGUGAGAGAAUCAUAUCGUGCACCCAGUAUCGUGAAUCAUAUCGUAUUGUGAGUUUAGUCCCUCCAGGAUUUUGUGGACUUUUUGGGGGAUUGUUGCAGCCUAAAAUGCCUGAUUUUGCAGCAGCUUUUCAAAAAAAUUGCAAGGCAAGUUGCAAUGUUUUUAGACGUUUUUUUGCAAUUAAAUAGCGGCGGGAAGCGAAAAUUGCAACACUAGUUGCUAUUUUUUAAUAUUUAAAAAAAAAAAGGAGACUUUUUAUUAUUUUCUUACACAGGCUUUAAUGUGAUUGAGUGAUGCCUAUAUUUUUAACCUGAGCAGAGCCAUUCGCUUUGUGAAGUUACAUAUUCCUCUGCCUCACUCAGUGACGUCUCUCUCUCUUUCUCUCUCUCUCUCUCUCACACACAAACACACACCCUCUUCAUCUGAUUUUAUUACACAUCCAAAUUAAUAUUUUGCCUUAAAGUUUUAAAACACAUUUUAUGACUGUGUAUUCCUAACUACUUAAAUUAAUACACACACACACACACACACACACACCAUUUGUUUGACAAUCAGACAAGCUCUAUCCAUGCUUAUUUAUUGAACUCACCUUUCAGCACUUCAAUCUGGAUGCAGCAGCCUCUGUCACUGUGAUUUGUCUUGUAUGUUGUCAGUGCAUUUCAGUCAUUCUCCUGGUGUGUUUUGUGGUAGAUCAAUGACUUUCCACCACAACGUUGCACAGGGUGCAAAAAAGUUUACCACUGCUUCCAUGCGGAACAUCGGGGAAUUGCCUUGCACGGUCCUUAGCUGUAGUUUUUGUAGGUAAAUGUGCGACGUUUGUGUCGGACAUGUCUCCACAAAAAAUGUCUCAUCCAAGGGAAAACAGGAAAAAGUUACAGAACCACUGCCUUCAGAGGACAUGGGCAGAAGAAAAUAAGAAUACCUUCUUAUGAUCACAGGAAAUGUUUCUUGGUUUCUGGUGUGCACCUGAAACAAUUUAUUUCUGCCAACUUCCCCUUAGGGGCUCCGCUUCUUUAUGAAGUAAAGAAAUCAAAAUCUCCAACAUGAGAAUAAAGGGGAGGUCUGAGCAGACUUUGCCAAUGACUUUCCUUAAAACAUCUGGUGCUGAACCAUCUUGUUCAGUUGUCUUUUUGUUCAUGUUCUUCUUGGUUUUCAGUCUCUUGUUUGUCUCCAUUCUGUCUUAUGUCUAAUGUCUUGUCAUUUUGUCUUUUACGGAUGAGCUCUCCUUUUCUCUAUGUUUGACCUACUGAUUCUUCUUCUCUAAACCGUUAUCUCCUGUCUACUUUUAUUGUGUCCUGUCUAAGUUUAUUUUGAUAGAACCAAACCAAUGAGAUCCAUCCGAGCCUUCACUAUCAGUUUUGAUGCAGCGAACCAAAACUCUUGUCUGUCAGAAACAGUGACAAUACCAACUUAUUUAAUGAUAUUAUUGAUGACGAUAAUGAUGAUGAUGAUGACGAUGGUUUUGCCUCUGUGCAUUGGCUGUCAGCACCUUUGUGUCCCAUCAGACUUAAAGCUGGUUGUUUGCACUUACUGACGUUGUUUUCUCCUUUCUAGAUCAUGGCUUGUGUUGUACUUACUCUCUGAUGUGUAUGUAUGUAUGUAUGUAUGGACUACUGGACUGCUAGUGAGUCCUCAGUAUUAACAGCCACAUGAGAAGUCAUACAGGAGAGAUAUCAGACCACAGUUUGUCCAGAGAAGCAACAAAGUGUUGAACCAUUUAAUAUCUUUCAUGUCAUUUCUUUUUUUUACAUAAUGAAAUGGAAAGCAGUAUUGAUAAAUAUUGCUGUCAAGAAUUCUAACUGUACCCAUCCCUAGAUUUAAAACUCCUGUGCAAUGGUAAAAGUGAUCCAAAAGAAUCCAAGUUAUCAACAUCACUAAUAAGUAUGUAUUGACUAACAGAUGCAUAACUGCAGUUAUAAAGGGAUAUAAGACAAUUCUAUUGACAUAACCUGUUUCUACUUUUGACAUCGAUGUUUUGUUGGAAAUAAAUAAUAAAUGGUAUAUGGGAAAAACA